AGUCUCUAUAUUUUUCGCAAUAAUAAAAUCAACAAAAAUUAUAUAUCUAUAACACUUGGGGCUUCAUUGUAAAAACAUUGACAUUAUUUUAUUUAAAUUAAAUAAAUAUUUAUAAAUUGACAAUUACUUGUUUUUUUGUUUGAAUGAAAUUUUUCAUUUUUGGAGCAAAAAAAAAUUUAAAUACUUGGAGGAUAAUCAAAAGGGUCGGAGAACUCGUGCCGGUUGAAGAAACUAAAAUAUAUAUUAUAUAUUAAAGUAAAAGGUAGAUAAGAGAGGGGAAUAUAAUAUACAAGUUUUUAUUUUUCAAAAAGAAAAAAAAAAUAUAAUAUAAUAACGGUUGAAAAAAAAAAAAAAAAUAAACUACUCUUAGUUGAAAAUUGUGUGGCUUUCAUAAGUUGAAUCUCUGGCGCACCACCACAUUCGUUACAAAAUAUCAAACGCGUCAGUCGGCUUUCGGCAUUCAGUGAAUGUUAAUCGUGCUCUUUAUUUUAUUACUAUUAAAACAUAUCAAUAAAUAGUUAUUUAAUAAUAUAUACUUUAUAUAAAUUAAAAAUAUCAAAUAAAUAAUAAUUUGUGUCAAGUUUUUAAAAUUUACAUAUUUUUCUUAUUUUUUUUUUUCUUUUCUAUUUUAUAUAUUAUGUUAUGAUUAAGUUGUUAAUAUUUUGUUUUACAUGAAAAUUAAUUUGAUGUUAAUUUAAUACAAGUGAUAAUAAUUUUGUUAUUAUUUAUUAUGUUUUGUUGAUUAAUUUUAUUAAUUUCAUGGAUUAUUGAAGAGGAUAAUUGAAAAAUUAUAAAAUUAUUAAAAUGAGGGUCAAUAAAAUAAAUCGUAAAUUAUUGUCAUUAAUUGUUAUAUUAACAUCAACUUGCAUGACAAUUGCUGACAACAGUGUACAUAUUUUGGGUAAAUUUAAACAAACUGUAACAUCAAGUACACUUAAUUGGUUACCAAUUGGACAUUAUGAUAAAACAAAAGUUCCAGUAAUUGGAGGUUUUUACGAGAUCAUCAAAGAUCAAGAUAACGAAAUGAGCGAUAAUAAUCAAGUUAAAAUACAAAAACCAAUGUAUGUUUGUCGAGUACGUCAUAAUGGUGUUUAUGUUGCUGGUAGUCAAUUAAAAGGAGAAAAAUAUUGUACAGUUACAUUUUUACAAUCAGUAAAAAAAUAUAAUAAUUAUGAUUUACUUGAAAAUGUUGAAAAUUCAGCACGUUUAAGUUGGCGACGUUGGGGUAAAUCUGAUUUACUACCAGCUGGUGCUGUAUUAACAGAUACAUUUUAUGUUGCACGUUAUCCAUCAACAAAUAAUGAUGAUAACAACAAUAAUAAUACAACAAAAAAAUCAUCAUACACCCACUAUAUUGCAACACUUAAUAAAGAGGAAACAUUUGGACAAAUAACAUAUGUUGACGAUGAAGGCAAAGAAGUAUCAGUAAAAAGUGGUGAACUUCUUACUGAAACAGAACCAAAUUAUUAUAAUUUAACUGAUAUUGUAUUUAAUAAUGGUAGAAAAAAAAUAUUAAAAAAUAAAGAAAUAAUAAUUGCACAAGAAAUUAUUAAAAAUACAAGACAUAAAGCAGCAAAUUUUGCACAAGAACUUGAAUAUAAAUAUAAUUAUUCAAGUUAUUGGGGACAUCGUCCAGAAAUGUUAAAAGCAUUAAAUACAUAUUUAUUUUUAAAAAAUAAUACACAAAUUGGUGAAAUAUCAUGGGGAAUGGAAGAAAAAAAAGAACGUGAAGAUGUUUACAAGGUUGAAAUUUAUUUGGAACCAGGUACAGCUGUUAAUUUAACAUUGAAAGCAAAUUAUACAGACUACGAGAUACCUUAUACUGGACAACUAGUGUCACACUAUGAAGAUGGUGAAACUACAACACGUGAAAUAAGUGGUAUACGUAGAGAAGAAACAUUAAUGAAUUUUAUACCUGAAGCUGGUCCAAGAUAUUAUUUAAGUAAUAUGAGUAUUGUACCAACAACAUUACCACCACCAACAACAAUUCCAACAACAAUACCAACAACAAUCAAAACAACUAAACAAUCAAGUGUUAUUACACCACCAACAAUAAGACCAUUAUCAUCAUCAUCAUCAUCAACAACACUCAAAGUUGAUACUGAUGAAAAUUCAGUACAUAACAAUAAUCCCAAUCCCCAGAGUAACAAUGAACCUCCAUCGCCAUAUAAAAAUAAUGAUGAUGAUUCAGCUGGUAAUAAUAUGACACUUUGUCUUCCUAUUAUUUUAUUGUCAAUGAUUUUUCUUAGUCUUUACAGAAUUACGUGAAUAUUAUCUAUUUAAUUAAAAAAAAAAAAAAAAACAACAAAAAAAUGUAGAAAAAAUUUAUUCGAUGUAAACCGACAGUCUAGACAUUUCUUUUCCCAAAAAAAAACCUAUUUGUUUAUUUAGAAAGAUUGAUAAAAAAAAUUAUUAUAAUAUUGUAUACGUGGUAUUGCCAAGGUUUAUGACACAAUGAUAAUUAUUGGAAAUGUGAUUAUAUUAAAUUUAAUAACCACAGUCAUGUCCAGCUUGCCUUUCGAUAAGGUGGCCUCUUUAAAAAAUAAUUUAUGCCCUCUCAUGGUUUAAUGUAUUUUCAAUUUUUAUGACGAGAAGAAAAAAAUAAUAAAAAAAAUAAUAGCACAGUAAGAAAAUAAAUAAUAUAUUGAGCUAGUCUUUACUGAACGUUGAGUACAAGAGCCAGAUAAUAUAUGUUCCACGUUUAAAAAAUACUGAAGAGAAUUAAAUUAACAUAUAUAAAUUCAAAAAAAAAAAAAAAAUAUUCCAUUUAGAAAAAAUAUAUAUUGACGAUUUGAUUGUACUUUUAAAUACCGAUAAUCAAUCAAUUUAAAAAGAAAAAAAAAUGACAAAUUAUUUAGCAUUUAUAAUAAUUAAUAAAAAUAUAUAUAUUUAUUUUUUUUUAAUUUCUCAUUAUUGCCAGCAAGUAUUUUUAAUCUUGGAUUAUAAAAAUGUAUAAUAUAUAUAUUUCCAAGAAUGUAAAUUAUAAAAGCUACGUAAAAGAGAAAUGAUUUAUUAACAAAAAAAAAAAAAUAAUGAGACAAAAAAAAAAAAAAAGCUAUGUAAGUAUAAAAGAAAAAAAAAAAAUGCUACAUUAUAUUUUUGGAGAUUGGAAUACAAUCAAGACUUGUAAUAUUUAUAGAAAAGAUAAAAAAAUAAAAAUAAUAAUGAACAUUAGAAUGUAAGAUUGAAAAAAAGAAUUAAUUAAAUUUGUAAAAUUAAAUUGGGGCUAGUGAACCUAAUUUAAUUAAUUUUUUUAAUUUACGUAAUAUUAUUGUGAAUAAUUAUUUUUUUAAAUUUAUGUUGAUAAUUAUAUUUACUGAUGUAUUAAUAAUUUUUUUUUUUUCUUUGUUGGUAUUUAAUUAUUAUUUAAUUAAUGUCAAGCUAUUAUUGACAUGUUAGCCAUGCUAAUGCACAUUAUAAAAAGAUAAUUGUAAUUGAAAUAAAUAUGUUGAUUUUGGGUGUGUUAAGGAGCGAUGAAAGAAAAAAAAAAAAAAUUACAUUAUCCAGUACAAUUAACAAUUAGUGCUUAAUUAAAAAUUUGCUGGGAAUGUCUAACGAGC